AUGCCCAGCCCCUCCCGCGACGCCAACCAAGCUGCCCCGCCGCCCACAUCUUCAUCCCCAGCAACGACCGCCACCUCGACGUCCUCGAUCCAGCAGCAGUCUGCCACGGCCAUCCCCGCCGCCCAUCAUGUAACCGACCUGCAGCCUCCCCCGUCGCCGCGGACGCACCGCGCCCUGCGCCGUCUCCAGUCCGCUCACACCCUCGGCGCCGCCCGGAGCUUCAACCAGCCGUCGCUCAUCUCGCAGCAGCGUCGCGACCUCCAGCGCGGCUCCUCUCCCACGCGCGAUCCCGGCGCCAGCAACCGCUCGCCGCACCGCGGCCGCGCCAACAGCGAUGCCACGCCGCCCCCCAUCCACCACCUGUCCGCCGUCGCCGCCUCGGCCAAGCGCUCCGGCUUGAAGAAGCCCGUCUUCUCCCACGGCCACCUGACGCUCCAGCAAAUCAUACGCGAUGGCCCUAACGACGGCGACUUUGUCGGUGCGCUGGAGAGCGCCAGGUGGAAGGUCAUUGACGAGGGCAUCAAGAGUGCCGAGGAUGGAAUGUCAACACUGAGGAUAUACGUAUGGAUGGUCCUACUCGAUGCGCCCAUAAUGCCCACCGAUGAAUACCUCGCGCUCGUCCAUCGCGGCGCAUCCCCCGCCUACUCCAAGAUCCGCAACGACACCUUCCGUACUCUGACGACCGACCCCCUGUUCCGCCGUCGCGUCAGCGAGGCCAGCUUGAUCCGCCUCCUCAACGCCGUCGCCUGGAGGCUUCACGACGCCAAGGAGGACCAGCGACAGACCAGCCGACCGAGCAGCCGACAUUCUUCACAUCCUCGAGAGAGCCUGACGGGGAGCGUCUCGGGAAACUCGCAAGCCAAAUCCAAUGCCGGACCUGAGCCGGGAACGUACGUGCAGGGCAUGAACGUUCUCGCUGCCCCGUUCCUGUACGCGGCUCGCAGCGAGGCCGAGGCCUUUGUAGCUUUCCACUCUUUGCUCACGCGCGAGUGCCCGGCAUAUAUCCGCGGAGCCAUGGACGGUGUGCACCGCGGCCUGGCUCUCGUGGACAAAGUCCUAGCCAUUGUCGACCCCAAGCUCAGCAUGUACCUCACGGCCAAGGGUCUCUCAGCCGAGAUCUAUGCGUUCCCCUCAGUAUUGACCCUUUGUGCCUGCACGCCUCCUCUCCCAGAGGUCCUGCGGCUCUGGGACUUUUUGUUUGCGUACGGGCCGCAUCUCAACAUUGUCUGCAUCGUGGCGCAGCUCACAAUCAUGCGGGCCCAGAUCCUGCAGUCUCCCAGUCCCAACAAGGUACUCCGAUCCUUCCCACAGCUCAACGCGGAUCUCGUCAAGAGCGUCACCAUUGGCAUAAUCAAGAAGAUUCCCGACGACGUCUACGCCGAGAUUGUCAUGCAUGCCCUCUAG